GGAAAGCUCAAGAAGAUGUUUGAUUGCUUGUUCACAGAUUCACACGGUUGCACUCAAAUGAUGGAAUGGUUUCGUCCUCGUGUCAUUUCCUCAGUCUCCACUAUAGUCAACCAGGAGAUGGAUGUGGUGAAGGAGAUUCUGCAAGGGACACUCGACUCGAUCACUCUGGAGUUCCUCUUGAUGUGGGAUCUUAAUUCAACAAUCCAGAAUGCAGUUGUCUCAAAAGUGCCAGUCCUCAACUCUAUUCUUCAUCGUGCUGCUCAAACAGACUGUACAAAAGAUAAGAACAAACUCAAGGACUGCAGUACUGUAUGA